UGUUUAUUUGUCGGAGCUUGUUUAUUUAUAGCCCAGGCCUACUUUCUGUCACUCAAGCGAGCGUUUUCUGGGGAGGAAAAUGGAAGUGAAAUAAACUUAGUGACUGGUUGGUGGUUCACAUUAAAAACAUUUCACAUCCCCUUUCAUUCUUUUAGUCCUGUUCGUUUCGACGCGGUAUUUCUUACAGGCGGCUAUAAAGGUGCAAAAUACCAGCCUUCUUUUGACAUUGGAAACAACACGUGGUCUGCAUUUUAGACAUGUGGGACAAAGGGCACGACGUGAAGUCAGACCACCAGGGCUGAUCUGGCCUACACGGGAGGAACGAACAGUCACUAAAGAGCAGGAGGAGCGCAUAUUUCCACAAACCAUAAAUCACUGGAGGAAGAAGAAGAGGAUUUAUUUGAUCUUCAUGAUUACUAACCUGUCUGGUCUCCUUAUUUAUGACUUGGACAAAGAUAAGGAAACUGUGUCCUGAGAGUGCAUUUUUUUUCUGAUUACCCAAUAAUAACAAAACUCUUUGACUGUCCACAUUUUAGUUUGUCCUUUGCCUUUUACUGAGUAACUCGUGACCUUUCAAGGCCUUUGUGAUUUAUAUCUGGAAAAUAUUUAUCUUGUUUCUCUGAGAUGGUCUGUCUGAAUCACUGUUGUUUCUGGUGGGUGCAGAGCGCCUGCUUGCUUUCAGAGAGGCAGAGCGAGCGGGUGCACUCCUCUGUCAUGAGGUUAACAUGUGGUUCAGUCACCAAAGCGAUGAUGUCUUCUGUGGAUGGAGAAAUAUCAGCGGCUGACUCACUCUAUCACCACCGUAGCCUGUGACAGUGACAAGGCACGUCGGGAGAAAUUCCCCAGAAAGCACAGGAUCAGGUUCACUUGUCACCAGAUUUGUGCUAUUUCUCAUUUUGCUGGUCAGUGGAGAAGGAUGAAAGCGACACAAGAGUGAGCAAAACGCUUUUGUGGUGAGGUAUUGUGAAAGUAAAAUAGCUGUGGUUAGUGAUCCGAUGACUCACGCUGGCUGUGAUGUGUUUUGCUCCCCUUACUGGAAAAAAGAUGUUGAGUUUUGAUUAUUGACUUUGGGAGUCAGUGAUUUUAUCCACAGCUGAACAUGCCAAACGGAGUGUGUACGGGCUAACGUGUUAACGGGCCUGCGGUGCAGCCGUCCAAAGUGACUCCCUGACAGUUAUGUGGUGUUUGACACUGCACACUGUGCCACCCACAGAGAUUUGCAUCCUGCCCUUUGCUGCUUUGUUCUUCUGUCAUAAUGACUGAAUCUCAUCCAGCUGCUUUCACCUCAUUACGGUCAGAGCUGCGGAAAGUUGACUCGUUUAUUUAUUUAUUUUGCGGGAUUCUGUUAUUGGGAAUUCCUUGUUGCUUCUCAGUGGGGCUGACUUGCUGAUUCCAGUGCUGAUCUUUUUCCUUGGCAGCUUCCUGACUCCACCGUGUUCGCAGCAGCACAAACAAACACUUCAUAGCACCACAGCCUUCAAAAUGUAUGCUUUGCUUGUCACAUUGCCUCCGUCGGAUGUUUUGAAGGAGAAGCACUGAAAUCUAAACAAUACUGAAUUAUUUCAAACAGUAUUUUCAUCUAGAGAGCCUUACUUUGUCUUUGUGUGUCAUGUUUUACAAAUGAGAGAUGUGAUGUAAUUAAUGCUUUUGUGGGAAACAGAAUAUUAUGUCCCUUUUUUUAAUUUUGCAUUCUUGACAUAUCUCAGAGUCCCAACGUCCCUGGUUGGGAGAAUAUCUCUGCUCAGAUAUUCGGCAAGUUCUCCUCCUUUUCCGCACUAAAGUUCCGGUGGUCAUGCCAACCAUUUCCAAAGUUCUCUGUACUUUUCCUUCCUCCCUGUGAAACAACGGGAUUUUCCAGGAAACGUCAGGUCAGGAGGGUGUGAUUCCCUACCGCUGGUCGUCGCUUUUACCAGUAAACAGCAUGACUCAUCGCUCAGCUAUGCUCUCCAUUUCCUUCACAUAAUAUCCCACCAAAUGUGCUGCGCUGGAGAAAGAGCAGAGUGCUGCGCGCACCCGUCUGUAGAGAAAUCUCUCCACCUCCCUGAUUUGAAAAAAGAAAAAAAAAAAAUGCAAGAAAAGCGAGCACUUCUGGGUGCUCAAGUGAGCACUUUGUCAGGCUGUCAAAGGCAGCAACAAGUCUGCUUUACCUACCCCCGAACUGAGACAAAAACAGAAGGAAAACAAAAAGUCCAGACAAGCCAGCUCUGCAUUUAUCACUGCAGCAUGAGUGCAUAAGUCUUUGAUAUGCUGUUUAUUUUAGGGGAAGGCUGGGCUCCACACUUACCUGCUGUAACACAAGUGCAGCCCAGAACCCGACCAGAUGCCUGACUUUAAAAACAUUUGGCAUCAGCUGACAAAUGGCACAAAGUUUUAUAUAACUCGUUUCAUUUGUCUUGCCUAUAGACUCAGUGUAGUGCUACUGCAUUAGAGCUAUUUAACUCAGGCUGAUUUUGCCCAUGUAGAAAUGAGUCUUUGGCCUGGUUCUGUGUAUUUACCGCAUUCUCAAAAAAUAGUCUUGAAAGGGUCAGUUCAUCUUCAAAGCAACAUGUACACCCAAAGAACAAAGUAGCAGCUUUACCAGAAAACAUUCUGCUUUCCACAUUAAAUAAGACAUGGGCUUUGCAAACAGCUGCAGCCAUGAGAUGCGUGUAUAGCUUUUAUAAUGGACACUUAGCUGAGGAGAUGUUCUCAUGUCAUCCCUCAGCUCUAAUCUGCAUUUUUGUGACUCAGAACUGAACAAUGGCAUUGUUGCUGAGUUAAUAGUACAUUUACGGUUAUCAGUCAUCAGAGGAUCAUCCUGAGGAAUGAGCGGGCUCUUACAUGUUAUCCAUUGUGUGGGAAAGGUGUUAAUGUGUCUAGCACAAAGGUAGCCGGUGGACUCCUGACUUCCACACGUGUGUUCACAGGCCGCCUUUGAUUUGUUUGGGCAAGUGAAAGAUGCGAGACACUUUUGAAUUCCAGACAUUUUGUGAAUUUUGGAGCCGCUGUUUUACAAGUGGGACCGUCUGAACUCCCCCCCCCCCCCAUAGCUGAGUGCAUUGCAGGACAUUUUCAGACUGAAAUGUUCCCUGUCCACUAAAGAUCUGCCUGCGCUGUGCAUGUGAGGCUUUGCACAUGUGUGUUCACUCAGGAAUGUGGUUUUGUUCUUUACCCGCCAUCUGUGGCUUUUCUUUGGAGGUAUUUUCCCAGUCCUUUUCUCACUGUUACGAAAAUCCUAUAUGAGUUGUUUGCUCAACUAUGACAAGAAGCCGCGAUUUGUUGUGAAACAGACCCAUCUCGUCAGUGUGGCAGAAAUCAUAAAGCGUGGAUUUAGCUGCGUGAUAUAGCGGCUGUUUUUCCUCUGAGCAAACUUUGCAGCGUCGAUCAAGAAAACCCUGUCUCUCUCUCUCUCUCUCUCUCUGUCUGUGCGAGCUGCAAAAAACAUAAGCACAUGCCUAAAGAAUUUCAGGGAAACAACCUGGCCUCUUGGUUCAAGCUGGAGGUCUCUUGUAUGAGGAGAGGCCCCCACACCACUUUUCCAUGAUCAUUGCAAGGAAUAUACCCAGGGACCCCCUUCUGCCACUUAAAUGAAGCUACUUAGGCCAACUUGCUGUCGAGGAAUGUCGUCUUCUAGUUUUUCAUCUUUAAUUCGACGCUUCUGAAACGUUCUGUUAUGAAAUUCUUUGCUAUGCGUUUUGCAAAACAAACGAAGCACCUCAGACAGAGCAGCAGCUGUUCUUUAAAUCUCUAAAUAGAGUUGCGGCUCUGGGUUUAGCUGUUUGGUCGGUGCAUGUAUUUUUCAUCUCUUUAUUUUCCGAGUGAGGAUUCUUUGAGGUUCAUCUGCUUCUUACGAAAACAUGAAAGCACAUUCUGUAGACGGAGAUGCUGCUAUUAUGAGAACAAUGACUAACGUUCAGGUCCCAUCAAAGAGUAACAGUUGUUGUUUUUCAUGUUGACUGCAAAGUCCUGUAUUAGCAAUAUAACCAUAGCAUGUGAAAAUGUGAUAAACAUCCCAAAAAGAACAGCCACACCCAGGCUUUUUCCUCCAUGGAAGCUGCAGCUAACAGGACUGCAGAGGAUAUUUGCCCUCUUACUGAGGUAUCACUUAUCGCAUGCUCACUUAAAUUGUUUAGUUGGCAGAAAUUUGUGUCAGCGCUGUGAGCUAAAAAUAUCCCACCAGAGUUAAAUAAGGGCAUAGAGCAGCUCAGGAAAGCCCAGUGUAAGAGGAUCCAGCCAGCGAGACACAGCUCUAAACUGACAGACUACAUUGUCUCACAGCAAAAAUACAUCAGUGACUAUAAAGGAAACUAUUUCUCUGUGACACUCUAUCUCCAGGAAUUUUCCACAUGCGCAUCUACUGCCCCGUAAAGUUCAGCAUAACUGUAAAUGUUAUGCUGAUGCGAUGGUCUGUUUUAAUGUCUGAUGUGGAGGCAGAGUGCACUGACUGUGUCCCUGUGGAGCCAGAGAUAUCAGAUUAGACAACAGUCUGAGAAGGCUGGAAGAAUCACAGGAUAAAUAACAGGAUAAAGACAAAGCUCAUUGAUAAAUUGACAACCUUUGAACGCAGUGUGCCUUGAAGUUAUCGGCUUCUGUUUCGUGCUAUGUAUAGGCUGUGUUGCGGUUAUGAAUGAGGCUUGUUUACCCUUUUGGUGACCAUGUGACUCACACUCCCACGCCCAUUCGCAGGGCGUUUCCAUGGUAGCAGUUGAGCAUGGAACAGUGCGCUCGUAGUUAGGCUGGUCUGCAGGACCUGAAAUGGAGCCUUGGGGGGAUGUGUGCCUCUCACAGGAUCACAGCUCAGCACUCUCACUUUUUUUUGGCCAUGGCAGCAGUCUGGAAAGCAUGAGCCUCACCUUAAUGAGUACAGGGAGUCUUUCUUUUUGUCGCUAAAAAAGAGCAGAAAGCUUAUAUGUAACGUUCUGUGAAAAGAGAGUGAGAGUGGUUGGCUGUUUCUAAUCUGGCUUGGUCUAGUGAACUACAUUGUCUAAGCCCUCCUUCUAGAAGGAAAUGUUAAGUCUGCUCCGGUGUGAGUUCAUGGUGUGAUGCUGCCCUCUGCUGGAAAGUGUGGCUCUAACAUGCAGACAAAAAUAUUGACACUGGACAUGAUGUAACCCUGGAAUGUUGUUAUGAUGUGUGGAGAGGACUGCCAAUAUUACUCAGGGUCUUCAACAUACAGAAAUGUGCAUUAGUUGCAGCAGUGUUCAGAGCUGGCAUUCAAGUGAAAAUGUGUCUUCUGUGAGAUCCUGGCCAGUUGUCUGCAUGCAGGGAAUGACGACUCAUUUUAAGACGAGCAAAGCUUUAAAGGUCAAGAGGGAGGUGGGCGAGAAUGCCCCGGCGCUCAGCGAUGACGAGCUGGUGGCCAUGUCCGUGCGCGAGCUCAACCAGCACCUGCGUGGUCUGACCAAGGAGGACGUCGUGCGGUUGAAGCAGCGGCGACGGACCCUGAAAAACCGGGGCUACGCUGCCAGCUGCCGCAUCAAACGCGUCACCCAGAAGGAGGAGCUGGAGAGACAGAAGAUAGAGCUGCAGCAGGAGGUGGACAAGCUGGCCCGCGAGAAUGCAAGCAUGAGGCUGGAGUUGGAUGCCCUGCGAGCCAAGUAUGAGGCCCUGCAGUGUUUUGCCCGGACUGUGACCCGCGGGCCCCUCUCGCCGGGAAAGGUGGCCACCACCAGCGUCAUCACCAUCGUCAAGUCAGCCAACCACAACAACGCCAGUCCCACCCCAUUUUCAGCUCCCUCCUAGUGUUGACAGGACUGGGCUCUCCUUCUCCUGCCUGGUCCUUCCCGGUUCUGACCCAGCCUGAACCCACUCAUCCUCCACUGAGAGGAUGCUCAGUAGUUAAGACUGAGGGAUGGAAUGGUGUGGCAAGCUCUAUGUGAUGUUAUGCUGCAUUCACGACUCUGUCUCCCUCUUUCUGUCUCUCUUACACAAUCCAUGUUGUCUGUGCACUGUGCGAACCCCCCCUCCCCGACCCCCUCCCCCCCAGCACCGGCAGGGUAUUGGACCUCUGUGACCCUUCUUCCGUGGCUGAUAGCACAGAUUUGCUUUCACUCCAGUGUGAAAAACUAUUCUGACAUGCCUUACUGUGGCAGCACUGGCCGCGGACAGCUCUUACGCUUCAUGUUAUUAAGCAUAAAACAUGAGAGAUUGAAGUAGUACAUAUGUGACAGUAAAGCUAUUUGUAAAGCCUAUGCCAAAUCACAUUUUAUCCACACAGAAGUGUCUCAAUGUAAAUUGAGCCUUUGAAGCCGCUGCCUUAAAGUGAUCAGUGAGUGAUCUAUGUAGAUUAUAAUCCAAUAUUUGCAUGUAGUUUUAGGGCAAAGAGGAUUUAUUGUUGCAGCUAUGAGGUUACCAGUGGUCUCCAAACAGUUCCCUCUAAGUGCUCGCCAAACACAGCAAGAGAAGUUUUCACUGAUUAGCUCCUCUUCUCUUUUGGGCGGGGCUAAGCAGUAAAAUCACCUGUCGUAGUGUUUGGUUGAAGUGAAAACCUGCCUACACACGGCUGUCUAUGGCCCAUAUGGAGAGUACUGCAUUAUGCAGUUUGAUAUCUGACCAAUGUUUAGCUGAAGGGUUCUGCUUAUGAUGCACGACUGUUCAUGUUUCUGUGUCUGUAGUUCUGUCUUGGUUUGCAGAGUUUUACUCAGCAGUCAAUCAUGCCAAAUAGCUUAUUCAGUAGUCAGGAAGUAAUAAUAGAGAACAGCAGUCAGUGCAGUCUGGUAAAGGCUUAUGACAUGCUAAUGCUGGUCUAGUUGGGCAGUUUUAAAGAAAAUUUUUCUUUUGUGUUUGAAAAGUUUAAAACUUGAACCAUUAGGGCCAGAAUUUGUAUGUGAGCCUUUCCUGGACUACAUCGACUCCCUUUCUAAAAUAUUAUUAAAGAUGGCAAUGUGUGCCAUUUUUUCUCUCAAUUUGGCAACUCAUCCAUGGAAGUCUUGACAUGUGCUAGUAUUGUGGUUGACAAAAUAUUGAUUUUUGGUCAGAGUUGGAGUGAAAAAAUGUUGUGUAGGGUUGUUGGUUGUUCUUAAAGACCUUGGAGAGUGUUAGGCAGGCAAAUGAUUCUUUAUGUAUUUUUGUGGCCUUUUCACUAGAAGAAGUACUGAAUUAAUUACUCAAUUUCAAAUUUGAAAUGAAUUAAUUUCUGCUUCUAAUCUUUUCAAUUUUGCCUCUAAAAAAAGGCGAAUAGUUGUUUUAUACUAUACUGGAAAUGUUACGUGCUUAAACAGGUGGAUUUGGGUAGAUUUAAAUGUAAAAUUGGAAAGUCAUUAAGGAGCAUUUAAGGCCAGAUUUGUUUGGAUUCAGAGGAAGGGACAUUACCCAGUCCCUAUCCUUAUAUAUAUAGCACUUACAAGGAAACUGGUUAAAUACAGUAUAAAAAGAAAAUAAUUCACAAAGCAACCGAUUCCUAGAAUUUGAGAAGAUGACAGAAACUGGUCUUGCAUUUCUGAAGUUACUUGGGCUUAACUGAUGAUAAUUAAGUGUGGUGUGACCACCUGCUGCAAGGUGAAGCCUCAUGUGACGAAUGAUGGUCUGCUCUCUGAUAUGUACGCUGCAGCACUGAUUGGGUGAUGCUGUGCCUCUUUCUUAUAUAUGUCACCCUUUGGUAGGUAAUCCAUAUUGGAUAUAGUGAUAAUGAAAGAGGUCCUAAAAAAAAUGAGAUGCAAUUCAACUUAAUGCCUGUAUAUUACAGAUAUGCCGAAAUGACAAAGCGCCCACUGCCUCCGUUGUCACUUUACAUUGAGAACUCCGUCCAAACAGAAAUCAUUCCUACUGCUGGGUCACGAGAAGUGCUGCUGCUGGUGUUGGUUAACUCUGAAACAGUAGCUAUUCACCUUGCUUUUGACACACUCUUCUGCAAGAGAACUCCUGACACCCAUCUCUAGAAACAGCGGUGUCAUGUCAACUAAGUGCAGUAAACACCUCCCCACUGUUGUACGUUUUGAGAUAUUUAAAUCUGAAAUUCACUUGAAAUUAAGCCGUUCUUACAGAGGAUCCAUUCCUAAUUCGGAGUGAAGUCAAUAGAGAUUGUUCACGUCAGGUUUUUCUCUUGGCUAAGAGGACAUGACAGUUCUUCCCCUGUUCCAUAGCUGCAAAGAACAGUAUGGGGAAACUUUGCUGCUGUACAACCUGCUGUGAUUUUUAAGCAGGGGCAUUUGCUGUGUUCUUACUUUCAUUUUGUAUUUUCACUUGGUUUCUAUGUUGAUACAUCCUAUGUUCUCUUUCUGAUACCUAGUUUUAUAUGCAUAUACAGUAUAAAUAUAUAUAUAUAUAUAUAUAUAUAUAUAUAUAUUACAUAUUUUUCUAUAUUUAUGUCUUUUACUAUCCUGGGAGUGGUGUGAUUACGUAAUCAUUCUUUGAAGUUUAAUUAUGUUGAUGCUGACCCUUUUCUGAAAAAAGUUGUAUUCACAUUUACAAUGAGAAAACUAUUCUCAUAACUUAAGUCUUCUUUGUGAGUAUUUAUACCCAGUGAAUAGUUCUUCUCAGCACAUGUACUAUUUGUCUAAUUCACAAAUUGGACAGACUGUGACUAGGGUUACAUACAGGCUGCAGCUAAUUAUCAGUAACAGUCAAGAAUUAACUGUUAAAAAAAAAACAGGGAAAUGACAUUCAGACUACAGGUUCACACUGUCAGCAGAGAGCACAUCUGUCAUGUAAGUCUGUUAUACCAUUUGAGCGUUACAACAAGCACUACGAAUUGAAAUGCGAUUAGGAUGCAGGUUGGAAGUCAGACUAUCUAUGCAAAAGGAAUUCAAACGUUGUCAAAUCCCACUUAAUGUCUGGAACAUCAUUUGGCUGGGAAUUUGUGCCAAAUAUUUACUUUAGCACAGAAAUCAAUGAUGUUAAAUAUUGAAAUCAUCUGUACAUAAUUCAGUGUCAACGCCACACUGGUCUGAUUUUAAACAGUUUAAUACUGACCAAAUGUUCAGCUCUCACUUAGGCCUUUUGGGCUCCGUUAGUUUAGGAAUAAAUGGGAGUAUUUCAUUUAGAAAAGAGACAAUUUGCUCUCACUUUGGAGUAUUAACCUACAUGUGAACUUUGUCAGUUGUUCUGGACAUAAAGAUUGACCUGAUAAGAUUUUUCUAAAGAUCCCAGCUGAUCAGUCAGCAUUUUUGAAUGAUGAUGAUGGUGUUGCUUGUGUAAUCGCUAAGAAACCUUACUGGAAAAUAAUUCCACCUCUUAUGUUUAUGGUCUGUUUUAAGCCUGACUCAAGAUUAAGCCAGAGGACUAACAAGACACCUAUUAAAUGUUUACAUCAGCCAUUUUUCAGCACAUUAUCUUACAAGACUAUAUUUGAAGCGUUUUCUAACAAACAUCACAGUGGCCCCUUGUGGUCAAGUUUCAGAACACAUGCUAUAAUGAGGCAUUUUUAAAAAAUUAGUUUUAGCACUUACUUACUGUAUUUGGGUAUGAGGUGGACGCUUUGCGACGGCACACCUUAAAAAUAAUACUCUGAAAACUUUCAAAACAUGUUAAAGUUUGUGUUUCUGUACAGUGCCAUAAUAAAAGACAAACCUCUCUCCAGGUGAAUCAAGAAGGCUACUUUGUUGUUAAUCCUACAUGUAGUGUGACCAAGCAGAGGUUCGUUAACGGUCUCAAAGGUUAGCUCACGGCAAGUAAAUAUGUGCCAGAUGUAGUCUGGCUAAAAUAAAGAAGACCUUUCAAAUGGUUUAGGAAGCCUUAUACACUAAAAAGAAAAAAAGAGCCAUAAAAAUUACCUGCCGUUGAUGUUUACUAACUUAGUCUCCACAAUCUUCUUUCUUCUCACAGCUGAUGUGACUGAAGCUUGUUAAACCAAGGAGCUGUAAUGGAACUCUUUAAGAUAUCAGUGGUUAUUUCAAUUGUUUAUAUUAACAGUAACAAUGCAAAUGUAUGUAUAGAAAUGAGGUUGCUCGUAUAUUAUGACAAGGCAUUCGUGGUUAGUAAUUGAAAAUUUCUUCCUGAAAACAUGUCUUUGAUUGAAUAAGCUUUUAGACACAACAUUUGCCAGCCCUACAAGCUACAGAAUUGAAUUUUAGCUAUGUGAAAAGUCAGUUUUAGUAUUGUAGAUUGAAGAGGUUUGGAGUAUAAAUUCAGAAAGAAGCUCCAUAAAUAGAGAGAACUGAGCACGUGUAUGGAUGAUAUGAUUGUGGGUGAAACACAUUAGAUGUUAGUUUAACAGCAGAGGUUUCUAUGUUAACUUUGUACUUUAGAGCGAAAUGGAUUUCUUUGUUCUAGUGUUGUGGUAACACGUCAAAGCUUAUUGAGUGACUGUCAAUGGUGACUGUAAACAAGGACAGUAAUAAGGCAGCAUAAACCGAUUAUGUACCCUUCACAACUUGCCAUUAUUCUGCUCAUAUAUAUUUUAUAUUUAUUUCAUUGAAUUGUGUAAUUAUAU